AUGAGGCUCACCGGUACCUUCCUCACGGGCAUCGCCCUCGGCAUCCAAGCCGCCCGCGCGCACAGCUACAUCACCAGCUUCAUCAUCGACGGCGUGACGUACGGCGGCUUCCACCCCCGCGAUCCCGACGCGAACCCAGACGUCCUCGCCGCGUGGAAGACCACGGUCCCCGACGACGGCUGGGUCGGCGUCAACGACUACGAGACGCCCGACAUCGUCUGCCACCUCAACGCCACCAACGCCAACGGCAACCUGGCCAUCGAGGCCGGCAACACCAUCCACUUCCAGUGGAACGGCUGGCCCGAGUCCCACCACGGGCCCGUCAUCACCUACAUGGCCUACUGCGGCGAGGACCCGGCCUCGUGCGCCCGCGCCAACAAGACGGACCUCGAGUUCUUCACCAUCGACGAGGUCGGCCUCAUCAGCCCCAACGGGACGCUGAACCUCUACCCUUCCGCCAUGGGCAUCUGGGCCACCGAUCAACAACAACAGCUUCACCGUCGAGAUCCCCCGGCCCUCGCCCCCGGCAACUACGUCCUCCGCCACGAGAUCAUCGCCCUCCACUACGCCCUCGAGCCCGAUCUCGGCCCCCAGCACUACCCCCAGAUCCUCCCCAUGCCCUACCCUAUCCCCGGUCCCGAAUUGAUCGAGGAAGCCGCCCCCAGCGCCGACCAAACGUCCGCCGUGAUCACGUCGACCGGGACAGCGCAGCUGGCGGAGCCUACCGAGUAA